AAAAAGUCACGCUCGAUGGCGCCAAUUUCGCUACUCAAGGGCUAUUAUUAAUAGUCUCCUAGUAGCGUAGCCAAUCAAAAUGCAGGAUUUGCAUUAGUCCACUAGUUGGGUGAUACUAACAUGAAUUAUAUGCCGAAGUGAGCGUGGAUAGCAGUGUCCAUGUUGGGAGUCAGCAAAAGUUCUUGAUGACAUGUCAUUAAUAAACAAGAUGUUUAAAGGAGAAACAUCCAACGCAAAAAUGAAAAAGCAAAGACAGAGAGAAAAACAAGAUGAGCUAGGAGUGUGUCAGAUCAGAAAUCAACGCUCGCAAACUCUUGGUUCUGGAUUCGUGGUUAAGAAUUUGCAGAUUACUAAACGCUCGCCGCCUUGGCCCUACUGUCUUGUAUCAGGCGACAAAGUCUUCCCCGAGGAUGACAUAGAAGGUUAUUACUUGUACUUUAGGAAUUUAGAUUCAGGGAAACUGGAAACAGUUAAGUUAGAGGAGGUUGCUGCGUCGGUCGCUGCCAAGUCAACGAUCAUUACCCGAAAUUCCGGAUUGGUUGUAAUUCCUAUCGAACCCUCCAAGAAAUGCGACGAAAACCAAAGUAUUUUUAAAUAUCGACCAUUUAAAGCUACCAGUGUCGGAAACACCACUGGUGAAGACUUCCAGUGUCUUUUUGUAGACGAUGGUCCGGGGCAGGAUUCCUUUUCGUUGAAAAGGCUGGAGCUGAAAGGAUCACCGAAGUACCAACUUCAUGAACCUCCUGACCCUCCUUACACAACGUAUGAAAACGUCACACGUAGGGGGGAUCGUAAGCCCUAUGGUGCUGUCAUCUUAAAGCGUAGUGAUGGCGAAUUUAUGGCUGCUGGAGCCGUAACCUUUACAGACGACGAAUGUAGAAAGAUAUCUCCCGUGUUUUUUCCACUACCAGAGGAUACACGUGGGGAAAUGAAUGUGUUUGAUCCUGCUAAUGCUGAUGAAGUGGUCACUCCAGACUCAAACAAUGAAACUUCUAGAGAUGAAGACUCUGUUUCAGGCCAUGAACAUUGCAACCAGGAGAUAAAUGCUGCUACUGCUGAAAGGACUGAGGCUCCUGAUCUUAACCAAGAGACAACUGUCUCUGCUGCUGCAGCUGCAGCUGCAGAAACAGUACCCCCACAUCAAGAUGAAACCAAUGUAGAGAGUUUAACUGGCAAUCCUGUUCAGGUGGAAGCAGAAGAGACAGUUGAUGAAGUUGCUACAGACAAUGAAACAGCUCAACAGCCAACACCAUCAACCAACAGUAAUGACCACCGUCUUGGUGAGGAGCAGAGUGUACCUGAUCCUGCUAAUGCUGAUGAAGUGGUCAAUCCAAAUUCUAACAAUGAAUCUUCUAGAGAUGAAGACUCUGUUUCAGGCCAGGAGAGAAAUGCUGCUGUAGCGGGAAGGAUUGAGACUCCUCAUCUUAGCCAAGAGACAACAGUCUCUGCUGCUGCAGUUUCACAAAUAGAAUCCCCACAGCCAGAUGAAACCACUGUCGAGAGUUUGAAUAGUAACCCUAUCCAGGAGGAAGCAGAAAACACAGUUGAUGCAGGGGCUACAGAAAAUGAAACAGCUCAACAGCCAACACCAGCAGCCAACAGUUAUGACCACCAUCGUGUUUCAGAUGUUAUAGAAAAAGAUAUUAAAUUUGACAAAUUUGUUGAAGAGAAGUUAGCUCCUAAUCUUGAUCACACGUCAUUCCGUGCUAUAAAAGACUGGGAAUACUUGGCUUGUACAAAGGAAGUGAAUGCACCCCUGGAGACUCGCCUUAAAUGUAAAUUGAACAAACAUUACAGUCCCACUAAGAUGCUGAUUCAAUAUCUAGCUGACAGUGUGGAAAUGAAACACAAAACUGUACAGGACCUGAUUGCUGCACUGAAGGCAAUCAAAAGAAAGGAUGUAGUGAAGAUUAUUACUGCUGUUUAUCCUCAGGCUGAAAAUUCUACACAAACAAUCAGUGACUUCGCCUCUUCUGAUAGUAAUAAUGAGAUGAUUGACAAAAUUGCCACCGAGUUGGAUCGGAAGUCACGGGUUGUUGGAUACUGGAGAAACCUCGGUCAAAAAUUUAACAUUCGUGGUGACAAGUUGAAAGAGAUUGAAUAUGGCCAGUUCAAUCCAACAUUAGCCUUGAUGGAAUAUGUUUAUUCCAAACAAGAUGAUUUGACGGUCAGGAAAUUUUAUGAUGAAGUAGAGAAAUUAAACCGAGUACUUGUUUUAAAGAAACUGGAACCUUUUCUUAAUGAACACAGUGAAAAGCUAAUGGCAAAUGUCAUUGAGCCAGAAUCUGAUGUUAUGAGGGGUAUCUGCGUGGAACUUAACAACCCAAACAAGGCACUGAAGAACUGGAGACACCUGGCCAGUGCGUUCAAAGUUCCAAAGGAAAUCUAUAAGGAUUUCAAUCCAGAAAAACCCUUGAGUCCGACCAGCUUACUGUUUGAAUGGAUCUUUGCCAACAGGGGGGAUCUAACAAUGGGUCAGCUGUGUGCUGCUCUUAAAAGUAUUGAUAGAAAUGAUGUGGUAAGAGAUUUAAGAAAAUACUUGGAAGAACAUUUCACUGGACAAGAAUAGACCCUGGUGUGUGUGGGUGGCGGGGGGNGGGGUACUCAGCAAAAUUUUAUGCAGAGAGAGGCUCAGCCCUGAGGACCAAACCCUUACUCUUUCAUAUACCAGUUUUGAUAGUAAAGGUAAUACUUUCAAAUACCUUCCCUAAAAAAUGGUGCCCCUUUUAACCUACCUACAAUACGCUUCGGCUGACUCUAAACAAAAGUGCUACUGAAAUCUUUCUACCCAAAAAGGAUUUACCAGAAAAUAUUUGUCCUUAAAAAGAUACCCCUACAAAUCUUUCAUUGGAAACUCCUGCUCGAGAUAUUUUGGAAAAGCUCUUUUAAAUACUUAAUUAAAUGACAGUUUUUCCUACCCUUUUCUCUUCUUUGACUUGUAGAAACCCUGCCCUUUUAUUUACCUCCAGCCUGAAAAAGGACCCCUUUUGGGCAGAGCCCCCCUCUUUCCCCCCCCCCCUCCUCACCCCUCGUAAAAACCAUUAUAGAGUGCCCCUGGGGAAUAGACGUUCCACAUUCCAACGAACAAUGACACAGAGUCGAGGUCAGGGGAAAGAAAAUUGUAUUAAAGGGCUUGCCCCGACCUCGUUCUGGUGCUGUUGUUUGUUCCACACUUUGAAAUGGAUGCGGGAAAGGUCUUUUGAGACCGAGGUGUCGAUGUUACAUGGGCAGGUACAUUAGCAAAUUGAAGGGAAGCAAAAACUGGAAGCAGGAAUGACUUAACAAAAGCUUUCCAAAUAGACCAAAGAAAACACAUGACAAUUUUACAAACCUGUGAAUGGUUUUCAAAGACACGAAGCGUAGAAGAAAUGCGAUAUCCCUUAUACAAAGUGAUUGCUAUGUAGGCUAAAAACAGGAUGCAGACAUCAUUAUGAAGCAGGAAUAGUAGUCUUUUUAUCGUUACGUAGUGAGAGUAGGACAGAAUUUUGUAAUAAAAUGGCAGACGGCAAAGCCGUUGCCCAGGGGGAGGACUCCCACAUGAAAAGGACGGGGCUGCUCGUCGUACCCUUAGGGGUUAAAAACGCGGUUUUGGUACUUCUUAGGGUGUUGAGCCUCGAAACAUCCACAGCAAGAGCUUUCGCGGCACCUUUUAGAGUAUUGAGCCGAAAAACGUCUUAGUCAUAGAAUUGGUACCUUUUAGGGGUGGAAAGAGAAAUUUUAAGCCACGCCCAUGAAACAGGAUCUUGGUACCUCUUAGGGAUUCUUUUCAAAAUUUCCGACAAGCACCCUCGUCCUUUUUGUAAUGAGUCUCCCCACGGAAUCGGGAUAUCCAAAUACGUUUUAGGCGUUUUUUACGUAUGCUGAGCAUACAUAUUUCAGAAUUAAUUUUUUUAGGGUGGCUGGCAAUUGUUUCCAGUACUUUUCAGCUUUUAUACUUUUUUACGGAUCAAUAUUAGCCCUUGUGAUUAAGGUUUUGUUCCAAUUUUAGUAUCACACAAUACCCAACCAAGUUGGUUUCAUCUAGUAUAACCUACCAAAACCGCCCUCUUCAGUUUGAGAUGGCUGACGUUAGAAAUAACGAGAGCCUUCUGUAAAGGAAGAAACCACGGAACUGGCUUCCUUGGCGUUUACCGAUUAUUAAGUCUUAAAAACAUUUGUGUAACGUAUUGGUCAUUUGAUGUCUACCACUUGUUCUCUAAUCACGCUGCAGUGGUCGAAAAGAGAGCAAAUCAUUUUCACACUAAUAUACGAGACAGACAAGAGUCAGGAAUAGGCAUCUUGUUCAUUUGAUAGCUAGACUAUCAGCACCGUGGUCGUAUGGCUCAUUGUAUGACUACUUGUCGCUUCUUUCAGAAGUGUUGUGAGUUGUACAAAAUGAAUCCAUGUCUUAUUCUUUGUGC